AUGACUAUUUCAUCAAUCACUGACGAUGUAGCUUCUGAGCUCCGUCGACAGUUUCCCGGACAGGUCUUCGACGAGAGCGAUUCUUCCUACAAAUCUCUUCAGGAUAGCUAUUGGUCUGGAAAUCAAAAGGCCCUAAAACCUCGAUGUUUCUUCCAACCACAUAGCGCGCAAGACCUCGCUCGAGCUGUCGCUCUCUGCGCAAGAUCAAGAUGUCCCUUUGGCGUGAAGAGCGGUGGUCAUGGGCACUUCGCGGGGCAGUCCUGCCUUGAUGGGGGUGUACAACUAGAUUUGGCCAAGCUUAAUACCAUCUCCAUUGACAGAAGCAAAGGGACCGUGCUUGUUGGUGCAGGCAGUACCUGGGGGUCUGUAUACACAAAACUACAGAAAGAAGGAUUGAUCGCGGUUGGUGGAAGAGCUUUCGAUGUCGGGGUUGGGGGCUUCUUAGUUGGAGGAGGUCUGUCAUUCUAUGCCGCUCGCCGUGGCUGGGCCAUCAACCACGUCCGAUCUUUCGAGGUUGUUCUCAGCAACGGCAGUGUUGUUACCGCCAGCCAAGAAAGCGAGCCCAUCCUUUUCAAGGCCCUACGGGGUGGAGGCUCAAAUUUUGGCAUUAUCACGGCUUUCGAGUUGGAAACCUAUCCAUACAGGGGGAUGUGGGGUGGUCGCCGAUUUAUCGAGAGUGUACACGCCAAGCAGGCCAUCGACGCAUACGCUGGCUUUGUACAAAAAUUGGAGGCUAAUCCUAAAGGCCAUACUAUUAUUAUUUUCACUUACGACGAGGGGCCUCUUCAGCUACUUCAGUACCUUGUCCAUACAGAACCUGUUGAAGAUUUGCCUGUGUUUGACGACCUUCGUAAAGUGCCAGCAACCGAAUCUUCACUCGGAAUGACCGACUACUCUACCCUGGCUUCGAAUAUAGCCAAUCUCCAAGAUUUCAAUGGAGAUCGUGCAGCGAUUGCCACCCUAACAUUCAGACUAGAUAAGGAGCUACUCGAAUUUGCUUUCAAUGUUUUCGUCCAAGAGGCUGCGCCCGUUUCACCACACAUCAGAGGGACGAUGGAGUUUCAUGCAAUCCCUCGUACCCUAAGUCCUGCAGGCAAUGUGUUCGGGCUGGAUGAUAUCAAGGAGCCCCUCAUCUCCUUUUUGCUGAUAUUCAGCACCAAGCUAGAACGAUAUAACGCCGAAGUCAUCGCCAUCCAGAAACGUAUUAUUGGAAGGGUUAAGGAUGAAGCGCUAAAGCGGAAUCGUUACCACCCCUUUCUUUUCGCAAACUAUGCCGGCGAAUGGCAGGAUGUUAUUGGCAGCUACGGUGACGCUAACGUGAAGUUCUUGUCCGAGGUGGCCAAGGUCUACGAUCCCGAGAAAGUUUUCCAGAGCUUGCAUUUAGGCUCAUUCAAAUUGAGCCAUGCUAUUCAGAAUACAAAGCUUGAGGAAGAUAGUCCGCUGCAUGCAUCACUCUUGUAG